UCCCCCGUGCGGGAGGCCGCCUAUUGUCCCGCGGUGGGGUGCGGCGCGCGAGCGGGCCCGGGUCCCGCACCCCAGCCGGGCGGGCGCCCUCCGCCCGCGGCGCGCCCCGUCCUGGUGAGGCGCCUUCCCGCCACGCACACGCACACGCACGCGCGAGCCCCGCGGCUUCUGUGGCCUUCGGGCCGCGGACCGUACCAAGUCGCCCCGGCCGACGAGGGGCCACGCACCGCACCCCCCGGCGCGGGGCUCGGCUCGCGCGGCCCCCUCCUCCCACAGCGCGCCGGGAAUGGUCCGUCUCGCCGCGCAAGCGCCCUAGGCGCCUCACGCCCCCCUGCGCUCGCUCCUGCCCUGCUUGCGGCGCAGGCGCGAGGCCCGGGCGUGCAGCCGCCACCCACCGCCGGGCCGGAGCGGGGGCCGCCGACGACCCGUCCCUCUACCUGCCAGCACCCCGUAUUAGAAGACUCUGUGGCCGGAGAGCUGGCCGGGGAGGGACGCUGCCCAGCUGCUGCUCUUCUGCUGUUUCCCGUCCCCUCCCCUGGCCAUGACAGAGACCCGUGAGCCAGCUGAGACCGGGGGCUACGCCAGCCUGGAAGAAGAUGACGAAGACCUCUCCCCAGGCCCCGAGCACUCCUCCGACUCUGAGUACACUCUCUCAGAGCCCGACUCCGAAGAGGAGGAAGACGAGGAGGAGGAGGAGGAGGAGACCACUGAUGAUCCAGAGUACGAUCCGGGCUACAAGGUGAAACAGCGCCUGGGGGGCGGCCGGGGCGGCCCCUCCCGCCGGGCCCCGCGCGCAGCCCAGCCCCCGGGCCCCCUGGCCCAGCCCUGCCAGCUCUGCGGCCGCUCCCCGCUGGCCGAGGCCCCGCCGGGCACCCCGCCUUGCCGGCUCUGCUGCCCUGCUUCAGCCCCGCAGGAAGCCCCCGUGCCCGAAGGCAGGGCCCUGGGGGAGGAAGAGGAGGAGCCCCCUCGGGCUGGGGAGGGCCGGCCCGCUGGGCGGGAGGAGGAGGAGGAGGAUGAGGAGGACGAGGACGAGGACGAGGAGGGCACCUACCACUGCACGGAGUGCGAGGACUCCUUCGCCACCCUGGGCGAGCUGCACGGGCACUUCAUGCUGCACGCGCGCGGGGAGGUGUAGGCCGGAGGGGCGGGGCGGAGGCGGGGCGGGAGGCGGGCGGAGGGGCGUGGUCACAGCGGUCAGGGCCGGGGAGGGGACCGCUCGUCUGUGUUGUCUUCGCUGUCGAUGUGUGAAGGCCAGAAUAAAAGCCACUUUGCGUGUG